CUGAAGAGUGUCUUAAACGGAUGGGAUGUCUGUCUAUCGGUUCAGAUCAUCAGUUUUGGUGACCAGACAUUUGAGACAAUUUCACGGCUGGAGUCGAGCGAAGUUCGCGUCCGUUUCGGUCCUUCGCCGACGGGUUUCAUACAUUUGGGAGGUUUGAGGACUGCUUUCUAUAACUACUUAUUUGCUAAACAAUUGAACGGAGCGUUCAUUCUUCGCAUCGAAGACACGGAUCAAGAAAGAGUAGUUCCCGGCUCUCAACAAAACCUCGAGGAUAUGUUGAACUGGACGCGACUCACGCCCGAUGAGGGACCCACUGUUGGCGGACAAUACGGCCCUUAUAUACAGUCCCAAAGAACAGAACUGUAUAGAGAGAAAGCGGCGGAACUGUUGUCCACACCAUUCGCCUACCGGUGCUUCUGCUCUGAUAUGCGGUUGAAUUUAUUGCGCAAAGAGAAGCUCAAGAAUAGAGAGAUUCCGAGAUAUGACAACCGGUGCCGACAUUUGACGCAAACAGAAAUCGACCAAAAGCUGGCCAACGGAGAGAAAACAGAACUGUAUAGAGAGAAAGCGGCGGAACUGUUGUCCACACCAUUCGCCUACCGGUGCUUCUGCUCUGAUAUGCGGUUGAAUUUAUUGCGCAAAGAGAAGCUCAAGAAUAGAGAGAUUCCGAGAUAUGACAACCGGUGCCGACAUUUGACGCAAACAGAAAUCGACCAAAAGCUGGCCAACGGAGAGAAGUAUGCGAUUCGUUUGAAGUUGAAAUCGGGUCCAAUUGGUUUUGAUGACAUGGUUUUCGGUCGACUCACCUAUGAUUUAUCGGCCAUAGAAGCGGAUCCCGUAGUGUUUAAGAGCGACGGCUUUCCGACCUAUCAUUUGGCGAAUGUAGUCGACGACCACUUCAUGAAAAUCUCUCACGUGUUGAGAGGUUGCGAAUGGCAGGUCUCCACUCCCAAACAUAUCAUGCUUUACGAGGCGUUUGGAUGGACUCCACCCGUGUUCGCACACUUGCCAUUAAUUCUCAAUAAAGACGGCUCUAAACUAUCCAAACGCCAGAACGAUAUCCGAAUUGAUUACUAUAGAGAUAACGGCUAUUAUCCCGAAACGAUUCUCAAUUAUCUGACAACAAUUGGCGCCGGAUUUCCGCACAGAACAGAGAACCGAAUCGAUAAACUCCAAGACUUUGUCAAUACUUUUGAUUUAAGCAAAGUUAGCGUUAAUAACGGCAAAAUAGAGACCGACAAACUUCGGGUCUACAAUCGCGAAGCUAUUUAUUGGUAUUUCGACAAUGGAUUUGAAAAUAAAUUGAUUGAAGAAUUUAAAUGCUUAUUAAAGGAUAGAUUUAAAUCAAGUGAUGAUUUGAAUUUAGACAAUAAUUAUCUGAAAUUUUUGAUAUCUUGGAGUAAAGAAAGAGUCUAUACUUUAAAAGAUCUUUUGAGCGAAGAAUUCUUAUAUUUAUGGAAAGUUCCGGAUUUCAAGUGGAAAGUCAAUGAUAUCGGCAAUAAAGAGGACAUCGGUUCGAAUGAC